AUGAUAUCGUUCUACUUGUCUAUAUGUGCUUUGUAUGUUAAUUAUUUUGUCACUUCUACAAGCGGGUUGCAUGGCUGAUGGAUGAGCCUGACUACUUAAUUUUAGUGCAGUGUUGUACCACCAGCUAGCUAGUAGUACUUGCAUUUUACCAUGCAAAAGUGCCCUCAUAUUCCUGCACCAAAUUCCUGCUGGUACUACUCUUAUAUAGUAGGUAGUGUUGAGUUUGAAUUCAGGUUGAAAUUAGUCUCUGCAACCAUAUUCCCUUGCUGGUAGCCUGGUACUCGUAGUACAUGCCUGUCGUUCAGUCCUCUAGUCCACCACAAAAUUGACCACAGACCCAACCGUCUCUCUAACCACAGUGUUGGUACGUGCCCGGUACCAGUAGGCCGGCGCAGAAAAAUGAUGGAAAAUACACGGAUAGAGGUGGUGGAGCGGCCAAUCCUGAAGUGCACUCAAAGAUACAUGCUGGCCUUUGCAUUCAUGCCCCUAAAAGUUUCGCUCUCACAGCUAUAGGCAGCAUCCACUGCAGGUCCUUUUCAUUCCUCUUUUCUCCUCUAUCUUCUUCCAUUCCAACUUUACAUUACAAGCUAGAUUACAACUGUACUUUGUAGUUUGUACUCAAAAAAUCAAUCCAGGACAUGAUUGCACUAGUUAGACAGAUUUGGUGUGGGCUACAUAGGCUGCUGGAGCUAGAUUACAAUAUAAAUAGCAAUUCAUAUUUGCGUGCGCAUACAUACGUGUGCUCUGCUUUGCUUGCUGUCAAGUGUCUGUGGUGACUACCUCUCUAGAACACUAGCUAUCUAUAAAGAUCUUCUCUUCUUCUCUCUAGCCUACACGCAUACAGCUACCUACAGCCAGUAGUAAAAAGUUGAAAAGGUUGUGCUUUGAUUUCAGUUCACAGGAGAGCUAGAUGCUAGCAAUGAACCAACAUCAGGAGGAGUCGUGUGUUCCCCCGGGAUUCAGGUUCCACCCAACAGAGGAGGAGCUGGUGGGGUACUACCUGGCUCGGAAGGUGGCCGCCCACAAGAUCGACUUGGACAUCAUCCAGGAGGUGGAUCUCUACCGGAUAGAGCCAUGGGACCUCCAAGAGAGGUGCGGCGGCGGCAGGGGUGGCGGCGGAGCACGGCCGGAUCAGGAGGACCAGUCAUCAUCGGAGUGGUACUUCUUCAGCUUCAAGGACCGCAAGUACCCCAGCGGCACCCGCACCAACCGCGCCACGGCGGCAGGGUUCUGGAAGGCCACCGGCCGCGACAAGCCAGUAACCUCAUCCAAGAGCCAGGGCGUCAUCGGCAUGAGGAAGACACUCGUCUUCUACAGGGGCCGCGCACCCAACGGUAGGAAGACCGACUGGAUCAUCCACGAGUACCGUCUCCAGACAAGCGAGCACGGGCCCACACAUCAGGAGGAAGGUUGGGUGGUGUGCCGGGCGUUCCAGAAGCCGACCCCGAACCAGAGGUCAUCCUACAUCUUCCCCACAUACUCCGCCGCUCCACAUCUCGGUGGCUACUACAACGCGCGGCCCUGGCUGUACGACCAAGGCGGCGACCUCGGCUUCCCCGGCCAGGGUGCCCAGUACUCCCCCUAUGACCCGCUGGAGAGCAAGCAGAGCAUCUUCAGCAACAUCCCGCAGCUCAUUGAGAAGCCGCCGAUGACCACCGCCGCUGCUGGUUGCGGCGACGCCCGCUAUGACUUUGUCCAGCAGGGACAGGCGGCAGCCGACAUCGACUGGAAUUUCCUGGACAGCUUGCUGUCUACGUCUCCGCAGCUAGUGCCACCUCACACCUUCAGCUUCCCUCAUGAGGGGGACCGAGAGGCCCUUGGUCUUCCACGUCCACUAGAAGUAGAUCAGCGCAAGUUGUAGCGAAUGAACUAUUGGUAUACGUCAGCCUUGGUGCAUGUGAGCUUCCUCUAGCGCGAGCUUCCAUUGUAUCAUUGUACCAUGUACAUUUGCAUCUGACCCCUUGAUUUGUUGGUCAUGUAAAUAUAAAGGAACCUAGGUGUAACAUCCCCGGACAAUUUU